AUGCUGCUGAAACACAUUGAGAUCGGCUGCAGGAACUUCUCCAAAGCCAAACAAAUCUUCACCUCAAACUUCUCCUUUUCUCUUGUUCACGAGGAGAAGGAUUCUUGUCUGCUCAAAUCUAACAACAUCAAACUCUUCCUCAAAAAUAACCCCACCGAUGUCAGCCGUGUCACAAACGUCGCAUUUACCUGCCCCAAUCUCCUUUCGUUUAAAAACAGUGUCACCAACCUGAAAACCAAAUCAUCAGAGAUAAGAGAAAACUGUGCUUAUCACCCUGGGGUGCCGUUUAUUGACAUCUUAUCUCCUUUUGCUAAUCUAAGUCAUCGUGUGUAUCAGAAGUGUAUAGAAACACAAAAUGAGACUUUAAUGUCACGUGACAUGGAUCACUUCUUGUUCUGUUGUGACCGGAAGACAGCAAAACUUCAUGCUCAAUGGUACGCUGAACUGAUGAAUGUAGAUCCUUAUAAGUUGGCAGGUUCAGAGUCAGGCACAAUGAAAGUUGUUGUAAAUGGGUCAGGCAUGGAAAUGUUUGUUAACUGUGGCCGGGAGAGUGGUCUACCUAUAUUUGCGUUUUCUGAACCAAUCACUCAAAACACUCUUGGGUACAACCAGAUUGAGAGAUUUUUAACUGCGAAUAGUGGCGGAGGGGUCCAACAUAUUGGGUUAAAAUCUUCUGACAUUUUCAAAACAGUUCGCGAACUGAGGGGAAAAGGUGUAAGGGUCAUUGAACAGCCAUUUUCUUACUACACUUUAGAAGAAAAACUCGCUCAGUUUCAAGACUUAGAUAUUGAUCCAAAACUUGCUUUUGAGAACAGUAUAAUAGUUGAUAAGGACGAUGAUGGUUACUUGCUGCAAGUUUUUACUGAAAGUGUUUUAGAAAAAGAUGGGAUGUUCCUAGAGAUCAUAGAGCGUAGGGGGUCCAGGGGUUUUGGUACGGGAAAUGUUAAGGCUUUGUUCGCAGCUUUGCAGAAGAAAAUGGAGUCUGUGUCACGUGCUAUGAACAGCGUAUCAGAUGAGUGCACUCCUCUAAAGCACGAUUACGACGCCUGCUUUAACUCGUGGUACAGCGAGAAGUUCCUCAAGGGAAUCCCCAGUGACGAGUGUGACGACCUCUUUAAGAACUACCAGGCUUGUGUCAAGGUUAGGAUUUCAAAGAUAUGUAAGAUAGGAGUAGAGUGA